AUGUCCCUUUUCCAAAAUCUCGCGGAUUUUCCGGAGCUAUUGCCCGUAAGUCGCAAUUUUUAUACCGAAACAUCACGAACAGCAGAAGAAUCAACCUUACCUCAGAGAGUUUUUUGUUGUCCCGUUUGCCGAUCUCGCUUUUUGCAUCUGACUUCCUUCAUCGUUUGCUGUGCAAAUCAUUUGCCUUUCCCGAUUGACUUGAAUGGACCAACUGAUGAAUUGGAGAGGGAUUUCACACUUUUAGACGUAAAACCUGAGACUUCAGAAGGAUACGAAGCACUUUACACGCAGCAACGUUCAACAAAAAUUUGCAGGGAGAGCUCGGAAGAAACUGAAUUUCUUGUUAAAAAACUAAAAAUAAUCGUAGAAAAAUUAUAUUUGCCUGGAAUUCUGAAAAAUGAUUGGAUUUACGUGCCAAAACGGAUGAAAAAAGACAUUUCUUGGAUUUCUGAAGACCAAAUCAAAACAGAAUCGAUCUCGAGUAACAACAACAAUGAUUUUGAUGAUAAAUUUUCAGAAAUUGACUGUCCGAAAGUCGAAACUACAGACACUAAAGAGGCAAAUUCGUACUUUAUUAAACAAGAAGAAAUUCCGAAUAUUCCCCAAUUUCAAGGAUCAAAAUACAUUUUUGGAGUUUACAGCGAACGAAGGUACAAAAAGAUCAAGGAAUCGAAGAAAAAUGGAAAAAUUUCACGGAGAAAAGUGAAAAAAGAAGAAUUAACUGAGGAAGAAGACGAGUCACAAAAUUUCUUGCGCCCAAAGAAAAAUUAUUAUAAAGAUGAGGCCAAAACUUGUAAAAUUUGCGGCAAAACGAGGACAAAGUCAAAUAUUCGGAGGCAUGUUGCUGGUCACUGUGCUGAAGAAGACGAUCUUGACUGCAAAAUUUGCUUCGCUACACAAACAGCUCCCAACAAACUUCGUGAGCAUUAUUCGCGCGUGCAUCAAGUCAAAUUCCGCGAAUAUCUCUACAACAUGCAGAAGGAAAAAAUGCAAAAUGGCUCAAUUUCUACAGAUUCUGUCACCUGCACCGUUUGCUAUACCAACAUGAAAUCCGAAUCCGACUUAAAAUAUCAUUACGAGAUGCUUCACAGCUACAAAGAAGGCGGCGGCAAAAGCAAAGGAACUUUAGAAUGCAACAUUUGUGGAAAAACUUUCGCCGCAGUACAAAACCGAAAUUUGCAUAUAAGACGCAUUCACAAGCAAAUUCCCGAUGGUUCGGUAUUUUGUCAUUAUUGCGGAAAGGAUUUUGUGACGAAAGGUUUCCUUUUGAGCCAUUUCCGGAAUUUACAUUUCGACGAAAAGGGAGAAUUUAAAAGUUCCGGAGGUCAAACUACGAAAAAAAGGUACAAACAUCCUCCGAAACAGGCAAAUACCGAGGAAAUUGCGAAACAUUACAUGCAUUAUAAAGUGCACUCGAUUUGUGAAAUUUGUGGCUUAAUUAAGGAGUCGAGAUUUGCUCUCAUGAGGCAUCGGUAUGAGAAGCACGGAGUCGUUGAUUCGGGUUAUUCUAAAAUUAUUGAUCGUGAUCGCGAAGAAAAUGAUUGCUCGGUUUGUGGAAAACAUUUUACGUCGCUGAGGAAAUGGAAAGAUCACGAAAAAUAUCAUCAAAAGGAACAAGCUAACUUGUUUUGUCAAGUUUGUGGAGCAAAGUGCAAGACAAUAACAUAUCUGAAGUCUCACAUGUUACGCCAUGGAGAAAAACAAUUUGUCUGUGAUUUCGAAGGAUGCGGAAAAUCGUUCGCCGUAAAGCACGACGUGAAAAUUCACAAGCGACGCGCUCAUUGUGACGAUCUCGACUACAUUUGCAAAAUCUGCGGAGCUCCCUUCCGAACGUGGAAUUACCGAAGAUAUCACGAAGAAACUGUGCAUGGUCUCGUCAAAGUCAAGCAACAACCUCAAAAGAAACGAAAUUUGCCUACUGGAGAGACAAUUAAUGUUCAAAUCGAACCAAGUAUCAAUACUGCGCCCACAAAUGAGACAAAUUUCGGUUCACUCGACACAACGAUGGCAAAUAAUUCUUUUAAUGAAAUCGCUUCGAACGUUUUAUCUGAAACAGGAAAACACGACUGCCAAUAUUGCGGCAAACAAUUCGACGACUACAAAAGAUGGCAAAGUCACGAAUAUUACCACAAAAAAGUCAAUUCGGAUCUUUCGUGUCCCACGUGUGGCAUCAAAUGCAAAACUGUCUACUACCUAAAAACGCAUUCGGAAAAGUGUCAAGCUGAAAAAUCGCAACUUACUCAAAAUUUUCAAGAAAUCCCAAUUGUCGUUGUGCCGCCGCAAGCAGUUUUGUGUUCUUAUGGAGCAAAUAUUCAAAUAAAAUAAAAGAAAAUUCACUUAA